UCACCUCCGUCCGAUAUGUUGCCAAUAAAGUUUAAAGAUUAAACACUUAAAGCCAAAAAUGAAAAUGCUGUCGUCAUUUACUCUCAUCGUUUACACACGUUGUUCCAAACCUGCAUGACUUUCCUUCUUCUGUGGAACAAAAGAAGAUAUUUUGAAGAAUAUUGGUUACUAGUUUUGACUCUGAUAUCAGUGGGACCCAAAACUGAUAGUUUGCCAACAUUCUUCAAAAUAUCUUCUUUUGUGUUUCACUGAAGAAAGAAAUGCAGACAGGUUUGAAAUUAGUGUCAAUGUCAUUUUUUUUUUCAGUUCCUGUUUUACCUGCCUGCUAUCUAGUUCGUUUUUCUUUGUUCUCAUUUUCCUGCCUCUAGUGUGUUGCCAUAGUUGUUCAUUAAUUACAUCAAACCUGUUUUUAUUGUGUUUGUUAUCUUGUGUAUACAAGCUCUUUGGUUCCUUUCUUCUAUGUCUGCUGUUGAGGUGUACACUAUUUCAUUAAUUUUCUUCUGUGGUUCACCUGUGUUUACUUUAUUUAAUAAACCAAGCCAUUGCUUUUAACCUUCUUUGUCUACCGUCAUCAUCUUGGGACCCAUAAUGUGACAGAAAUGACAUGAGGAUGAAGAAAUGUUGUUAAUUUUUUGGUGGAAUAUCUCUUUAAUUGAACCCCCCCAAAAAAACACCCUUUAUUUGGACAUCACUGACUUGCAUUGCAUGUGAAACAUUCUUCAAAAUAUAUUUUGUGUUUUACACAGAAGAAAGUCAUUCAGGUUUGAAAUGACAUGAGGCUGCGUAAAUGAUAACAGAAUAUUCUUUUUUUGACUGAACUAUCCCUUAUUAAGGGAAGUAGACACAUUAGAAGGCUGCAUAUGUUUAUGGUUUGUGUGUUAAAGGUCAGGUAGUCAUGUGACCUAUAUAGCCAUAUCACAAACUGUCCAACUGCUUAUAAUCAGAGAAACAUACAUUUAUAUGCAAACAAAUGUCAAGAGCUGCACAGAGAAUUGAUUUCACUUUUGCUUUCUUUAGGUAACGUGUUAUAAUUCUUGCAAAACUGAAAUCAGAGUUUAAACUACUGUGAAACACUUAAUUUUUUUUAUUAAAGCUGGAAUGUGUAACAGAAGAUCUGUAUAGCUGGCUGGCGAGGUGAGAGAGGGAUUUUCUGCCUUUGACUCUUUCUCACAGUGCGAGGAAUGAUGCCUGGAGGAGCAUGUGCACCAAGCGAGCGCUUGUUUGGAGUUUGCUGGUCCUCUCUGUCUUUCAUAUGGGACUCGGGGUGUCCUGCAUCUCUCUGGGUGUGCUGGGGAUCACACAACCCCGCAGGCUACAGAAAAGCCAAACCUCCUUCUCCACACCCAUAUGGAGCGGCGUGUGUUUUCUUGUCUGUGGACUAUCUGGGAUACUGUGUGCGAAGAAACAAACUGGAGUGACUAUGAUCCUGUUUUCAGCUUGUUGCAUCUGUGGACUUAUCGGGGGAAUUCUCAAUGUCCAGUUUGUGCGUGCAGUGGUGAAACGGACGAGCAGCCUGUACUAUCUGCACCUGGCCUUCCUCUGCCUGGCCAGUCUGGGCAUCUUGGGCUGCACCCUCUCCACCUGGCUCACCUGCAGACUCGCCAGCUGCGAACAGAAAAGACUGUUUCUGGAAAGGGAUCUGUCGCUGCAUCAUUCUAUGGAGAUGGGCGAGAAGGUGAAGGCGACGUGUGGAUGAACUAUCCGUGAGAUCUAUGUUACUGUUAUUAAAAAUGUAAAAGCGUAUAUUUGGUUGGAUUGCUUCGUUUGAGUUACGUCGUGAUAAUUUGUCUCUUGUGGGAUAGCAGGGAUGUCAAAGUUGUAAAUGUUUAAAGAUCUAUAAAACAAAUAAAUCCUGGAAUAUGGCCAUUCUAAAGGAUUUGUUUUGUGCGAUAAUGUAUAUCUUUGUUUGUACUUUAUUCCUGGUUUGCUGAUCAAUUACAACAUUUCA